GGCCCGCUGUUCGUCCCUUGUGGCCCCAUUGUUGACAUCAGAGCAUAAACGCACCAAUCGAUGCAAUUACCUGGUUCAUGCUGCUUUCGCUGCCCAUCACCAUGUAACCGAUCUCUCAAGGAACGUAUAAAGUUUCUCGUCACAGUCCGUUGAAGGUCGCUUUCCUUUCCCAAGUUCCUCAGCACUCCUCAUCUCUCACAGACAAACUCACCCACUCGCUACCUCUUUACCCGCACUCCCCAAAAACAACCAUCAAGAUGCGUUUCGCCUUCGCCGCCACCGCCGCUCUGUUCGGCUCCGUCCUCGCCGCCCCGGCCCCCCAGGUCGAGGAGCCCGAGAUCAAGGAGACGGUCAGCAUCCAGGACUUCUACGCCCGCAAGUCCCACCUCGUCGACGGCACCCUCGACGGCCCCGUGGACUCCGUCACCUUCAACAUCGUCGCCAGCCGCGCGGAGGGCACCAUCGCCGUCGUCUGCACGGCCAAGGCUGCCGAGGGCGAGGACUCGAUCAAGUUCAAGCCCGAGAGCUACAACUGCGACGGUGUCAAGGAGACCGUCGACCAGUACCGUUUCGAGGUUGCCGAGAUCUCGGAGCAGAACGUCUACACCAUCAUGGUCAUUCACCAGACCGCUCCUGCUUUCGGCUUCUGGGGCAACACCGAGGUCCCGACCCACUGCCGCGCCGGUGGCAACGAGUCGAUGAUCUGCGGACAGGUCGGCGAGGUCACCGCUGAGCUCCACCUUUAAGUUGGAGUCUU